UUCAUAAUCCUUGAUUCUAUCAAUUUUGUCGGAUUGUAUAGGACUGCUUUGUGCUAAGACGGAGAAACUUAGCUAUAGUCCAUAUAAAGACUCACGAGAAAAGACGGACUAGACUGUCUACUAAGAUUCGAUCACAAGCGUUACCUAAAAAUAGCUAGAUAAUGGAAGCAGGAGAUAAUGUGGACCCAAGCACUAUAAGGGAGUCAUCUACUAAUACAGAAUUAGAAUCCACGCCAAAAAUACCGGCAGAAGAUGUUGCCGAUUCUACAACAGCAACCAGUGGAGUAAAACGGAAACGCCUACCGAAUGACAGAGUUGGUAUGUUAAAAGAUGAGAUUCAGGAAAAUCCUCAUAAUCUUUCCGCUUGGUAUGCGUUAAUUGAGGAGUAUGGAUCGAAAGGAAAACAUGAGGAACUUCGAGAAACAUAUGAACAAAUGUUGCGUCCAUUUCCUUACGUUCCGCGCGUAUGGGUAGAUUACAUAAAUGCAGAACUUGCUUUCAAUGAUUUCAGAGCUGUUGAAGUUUUGUUUAGCCGUUGCUUGGUGAAGGUUUUAUCUGUAGAUUUGUGGACACUGUAUUUAAGCUAUGUUAGACGCAUCAAUCCCGAAGGAGAAGGUCAAUCACGAUCAACAAUUACACAGGCAUACGAAUUUUCUAUUAAUACAAUUGGGAUGGACUUACAGAGUGGUCCAAUUUGGUCAGACUUUAUUGAUUUUCUUCGCUCUGGACCUGCGGCCUCAACGUGGGAGCAACAACAAAAAUUAGAUGCGGUCCGUCGUACUUAUCAACGUGCAGUUUCUACUCCUAUUUAUAACAUUGAGAAAUUAUGGAGAGAUUAUGAUGCAUUUGAAAAUAGCGUUAACCGGGCCACAGCUAGAAAGUUUGUAGCUGAGAAAUCUCCUGCCUAUAUGUCUGCUAGAGCUGCCAUGCGCGAGCUUUCUAAUAUGACCAACGGAUUGCGUGUUUUAGAUUAUACUUUUGAACGAAAGCAUAAUAAUGCUGAAAAGACAGCCUAUGCUCGUUGGAUGAAAUGGAUUGAAUGGGAAAAAAAUGAUCCUUUAGAUUUACACCAUGGUACAACUUUGCAAGGAAGAAUUGCAUAUGCUUAUGAACAAGCCAUGCUCUAUAUCCCUCUUUGUCCUCAAAUUUGGCUGGAUGCUUUCUCUUACUUUUUAAAUAUUCAGGAUGAGCAACGUGCCUUACAGAUAAUGAAGCGUGGUAUGCGUUAUUGUCCCUCAAGCUUUGUGCUACAUGUUCGUUAUGCAGAACAUGAAGAAGCGAACGGUCGAACUUCCGACAUCCGUGUAUCCUACGAAGCUCUUGUAACUGCGUUGGCCAGAGAAAUCACUGCGGUGGAAAAACAUGUGGUAUCUGAUACCUCCCAAAGUAACCAAGAAGCGAAACCGACUGCUAUCUUAUCCAGAUCGGAAAAGCAUAAGAAAAAGUUGGUGAAGCAGUAUAGCCUAGCAUGGUGUUGUUUGAUGAAUGCUAUUCGAAGAACAGAAGGAAUCAAAGCGGCGAGAUCUGUGUUUACAAAAGCAAGAAAAGCGCCGCACCAAUCUCAUGAAAUUUACAUUGCUAGUGCCUUGAUGGAACAUCAUUGUUCUAAGGAUAGUACAAUCGCCUCAAAAAUAUUUGAACUUGGUUUACGGCACUUUAGCGACGUACCAGAUUAUAUAUAUAAAUAUUUAUGUUACUUGAUUUCUAUUAACGAUGAGACCAAUGCUCGCGCACUUUUCGAGAAAGCUAUUUCAAAAAUUGAUGCUAGUGAUGCGAAGCCUAUAUAUCAAAGAUGGCUUGAUUAUGAGAGUAGGUAUGGUGAUCUCAAUGCCGCGAUCACCCUAAGCCAAAGAAUGGCUCUAGUAUAUCCUCAGGAGUCUACUCAGAGCAUAUUCUUGUCCCGCUACGGUUUGGAGGAAGAGCGUGAGGAAGAUGAAUUUGAUGCAGAUACAUAUGGCGUCCGCCCUACAACUGAAUCAAUUAAUCAGAACAAAGAUGAUGAUGCUGCUUCCGAAACAUCAGACUCUUCGAAAAGCAAUGUCGAAAUGGAGGAUACUCGAUUGUUACCUGCUUCAUUAGAGACUGGAGCAGCUCUAGCUCCUCCUAUUUCUGCACAAGCUCCUGUGGCACCUGUUCCAUUACCCCCAAUCAUUACAGAACUACUAGAAGAGCUACCAUCUGCUCAAAUGAUUACCGAAGCCCCCAUAAAUCCUGCCAAACUCAUGGAUUACGUAGUGAAAUCCGAUAUUCCCUUCAUUCGCCUUAGAAAUGCGAACACGCAUUUAAAAAAAGCACGCUACAAUUGAUAAAAAACUUGAUUGAAAACGUUAUUUUGGAGCUUAAUGGUUAUAAUUAAUGAAAAUUAUUUUGGUUCUUUCUAGAUUUAUAAGCAUAAAAAUGUGAUUUUUAAUUCUGAGGAAUCUGGUCAAUACUAAAACUCAUCGCAUUAGAAUACAUAUUUUGUCUUGCUUAUAGUUCUUCUUGGCUUUUUUAAUGCAGAGCUUUGACAGCUUAUAUUAAAUACUGAUUCUGGCACCUGAGGACCGUAAACAUACUUAUGUAUUUCUUGCAAACGAUAUUGGCGCAGGAGAGAAUAAAUCACAUUAUUCAUAUCAGAGAAGUAAAAAAAGAAUGUUCUUUAUUAAAUCAUAUUCUAAACGUUUUGUAU